UUGUAAAUGUCAUUAAUUGUCAGAUAGUAAGUUGAUGUACAUUGGUGUAUCUACAUUUCUGAAAUAUAGUGAAUCAUUGACCAUAUUCAACAAACGUCGCAUUUUAGCCAUUACAAUUUAUAAACGUUAUUCGUUGGGAUGUGAAUGAUGCAGUUGAUUCAAACGUUUGUACACCUCGUUGUGCUCGUCUCAACGGCGAGAUGCAGCGAUAUAACGUCUGCCGUAUUCGGCAGUGUACUGGAUGGCAUGCCGGCGGCAUUCGGUGACUUUAAUUCCGACGAAUUGACAGAUGUGUUUAUGUUGCGCAAUGGUACGGUUGAAAUAUUUCUGGCGGCUGAGCAGGAACCUCUAUUGCGACCCACUCCAGACCUAAACUGUUCGUUCAAGGACCUGGUUACAAGCGUGGUGCCUGGUGACUUUGAUGGGGAUGUCUUCAUGGACAUUCUAGUAACGACCUUUAAUAAAACUACGAAAAGUACUUAUGCGCACAUACUGUGGGGCGGAAACGGUCACCUGAACUGCAGUGACGAACGGAAUCCUCUGAUAGAGAUGCGCGAACAGCCAUUAGCGUUGGACGUUAAUCGAGACAUGAUAAUUGAUCUCUUCGGGGUAGACAUGCAUGACAAAAGAGUGUAUUGGAUAUUCAACGAGAAUAGGAUUCCUACUGUCAGAAAAAUGCCUGAGCCAGAAGAGUUGAAGCCAAUGAAACCCGUGAGAAGCCCACACUCUAACGCCUUCCUGGAUUUAAACAGCGACUUUCUGCCAGAUCUUGUGGUGACUACAAAGAAGGCUUUUGAAAUAUGGCUGGGUACGGAGCAAGAAUUCCAGUUUUCUCACGAGAUUUUUCUUCCAUAUAAUAUCUCAGUCGAUGAACACUUUAAAGGGGUGAUCGGACAAACUCUCUAUUUGGACGUUGAGCUGACCGGCAAAAUGGCUCUCCUGCUGCCGUUGUGUUUCGAUGAGGCCUGCAACAAUUGCACGAUAAUGAUGCAUUUGAACGACAGUUGGCACAAUCUGCGAGUAAACUUCCGCGACACGAACAGCGUGCUAUGGAGUUUCGUGAAACCGGACGGCCAGCGUUACACAAAUACCAUCACUCUGCGCGGCGGCGACUUCAACAUGGACGGCUAUCCAGAUCUGCUGGCAACACUACAAUCCAGCAGUACGAAACACAAACAGUCGUUCCUGCUUCAGAACGUGGAGUGCAAUACUAAUUGCGUCGGCUUCAACCGCACCUUCAGCAUCAAAUGGCAGGCGUUGAAUCCAUUCUACAAUGAGACCGCGAUGGCGGUGUUCUAUGAUUUUUAUCAAGACGGCAUUCUGGAUGUGAUUCUAGUGGAAUUCGACAAGGCAAACAAUGCCAAUCCCUAUCGCACUGCGGCGUUCAAGAACAGUCUGGACUACGACGCGAAUUUCGUCAAGGUGAUGGUGCUCACCGGACGCACCAAUAGUAUGUAUCCCAUCUCGCCGGGCUCGCUGGGCAAGAAAAAGAGAACCUAUGGCACCAAUCUACCGGGGCCGUCGAUCGCGUACAGAACAACUACACAGGACGGCAGUCCUCGCAACGCGAUCGCCGCGCAGUUACCGCAGAGCGCACACUUCUCGCUUAACUUGCCGUACACUACUUUUGGUUUGGGAAGAACACCUAACUUUGUGGACGCUCUCACGAUAGGAGUUGGUGGUAAAUCGCGAGAAUGGCCGCAGAUCAUUCCUAAUUCACAGAUGGUUGUGAUACCAAAUCCGAUUGCCGAACCAUCGAGAUGGAAAGCUCAACUAUUCGUCACGCCCAGUAAAUUAAUUCUACUAAGUGCGGCUGCUUUAACCGGUACGUGUGGUCUCAUCACGGCUAUCAUUGUCGGCUUGUACUGGAAAGAGAGGAGAGAAGACAAAAUCGAGAAACUCCAAGAAGCGCACAGAUUCCACUUCGAUGCGAUGUAAAAAGAUGGACAGACAGGAGAGAGAGAGAGAA